CCCGGCCUCCCCCCGGCCCCCGGCCUCCCCCCGGGCCCUAACCUCCUGCUGCUGCUCAUGGAUGAUAUGGGAUGGGGGGACCUGGGAGUGCUCGGCCAACCCGCAGAGGAGACCCCGAACCUGGACAGGAUGGCGGCAGAGGGGAUGCUGUUCCCCAACUUCUACACUGCCAGUCCGCUCUGCUCCCCGGCUCGGGCGUCUUUGUUGACAGGACGGUUACCCAUCAGGAAUGGCUUCUACACCACCAAUGCUCACGCUCGCAAUGCAUAUACACCACAGGAAAUAGUGGGAGGGAUUUCAGAUGCGGAACUGCUACUACCAGAGCUCCUUAAGAAGGCUGGAUACACAAACAAAAUCAUCGGCAAGUGGCACCUUGGGCACAGAGAGCACUUCCACCCCCUUAGGCACGGCUUUGAUCAGUGGUUCGGGGCCCCAAACUGCCAUUUCGGUCCCUACAACAACAUGGUGAAACCCAACAUUCCCGUGUACAACAACUCCGAGAUGGUUGGCAGGUAUUAUGAAGAGUUUGACAUAAACUUAAAAACUGGAGAGUCCAACCUCACGCAGAUCUAUUUACAGGAAGCGCUUCAGUUCAUCAGGGAUCAGGCGCUGAAGAAGCUAGAGCCAUUCUUCCUUUACUGGGCCAUUGACGCCACUCACGCUCCCGUCUAUGCCUCAAAAUCCUUCCUGAAAACCAGUCAAAGAGGCUUGUAUGGCGAUGCUGUCCGUGAGAUUGAUGACAGCAUUGGGAAAAUACUGGCUGAGCUUCGGACACAAGGCAUCGCAGAGAAUACCUUUGUCUUCUUCACAUCUGAUAAUGGCGCAGCUCUAAUCUCAGCUCCCACCCAAGGGGGCAGUAACGGGCCUUUCCUGUGUGGAAAGCAAACAACAUUCGAAGGUGGGAUGCGGGAGCCGGGGAUCGCCUGGUGGCCAGGACACAUCGCCCCUAAACAGGUGAGUUACCAGCUGGGCAGUGUCAUGGAUCUGUUCACCACCAGCCUGGCACUAGCCAGCCUGCAGCCCCCCAGUGACCGGGAAAUUGACGGCAUUGACCUGUCACCUGUGCUGUUGCAGAACCAGACUAUUAUUGAGAGGCCAGUGUUUUACUACAGAGGAAAUGAGAUGAUGGCAGUGCGUGUGGGGCUGUACAAAGCACAUUACUGGACAUGGAGCAACUCCUGGGAGGAGUUCAAGCAGGGAAUCGACUUCUGCCCUGGACAGAGUGUGCCUAAUGUGACCACACAUGAUCAGCAAGACCACAGCUCCCAGCCCCUACUCUUCCACCUGGGCAGGGACCCUGGAGAGAAAGUUCCAAUCAGAGAGUGGCAUCGCGAGUAUUCGGAGAUCAUGAAUCUAAUCCACCCAAUCGUUCAGCAGCACAAAUCCUCCCUGGUGCCCGGAGAGCCUCAGCUCAAUGUGUGUGACUGGGGAGUAAUGAACUGGGCACCUCCAGGCUGUGCGAAGCUGGGCAAGUGCCUGAAAGGCCCUGGCUCCAAUCCGUGGAAGUGUGACUGGCCACAUUAAUACCACCUGCAUUUUGGAUCCCGGAGCUUAAUAUGGACUGAGUUUGUUGGAGCUUGCUUAACAUGUGUGUCUGAGCUGCUCUCUUCCUCUUUCUCUCAUAGCAGAACAUAUUCAUAAAGUCAACCCAUUGAUGGGAAAAUACACAAUGGUUGAAAAUCAUCCUAAAUUGUCUGGUGGUUAAGCAGGAUGCUCUGAGGCUGACUCACGAGAGCUUUCCCAUUGCAGUCUUUCAACCAGAGGCAAAUCAGCACAUACUCAGAAAAAUUGAGAUAGUCAAUCAGAUAAACUCUUAUUCCUAAGAUUGGGAGGGUUACAGUAAAGGAAAAGGUAUGUUGUAUUUGCACUCUGGUGUCUUCAUGAUGCUGGCAGGCGGCAUCCAUUUUACACUUUGUUGAACCUUUCGAAGGUCGAGGUUCAUUCUUCCAACAACAACAACUUGUAUUUAUAUAAUGUCCUUUCUCACAGGGUAGCGUCCCGGAGCGCUUCACAGUAGCAGAGUCUGAUGAGCCAUGUUUCCAAAACCUUAGACAAACAUUAUUGAGAGGUAGGAGCCUUGUGCUUCUCAUUGCUAAUCUCACAACUAUUGAUCAGUUUCUGGCUGGUCCAUGUUAUUCCCCAUCUCCUGCAAAGGCAGUUCAUUAGCUUAUUCAUAGCUGGCUAUCGUGCACUGGCGCUCCAAUGUCUCCCGAGUGUCUGUUGAUGGCACUGUGGCAAGUCGUUGUUUGGAGACCAUAUAUCGCCAGUUGGUGGCGCUGUUGUACAAACACCCACUGCAGUACCACAGACAACCUGUUGAAGACGCUAUCUACCAAGGCUGUAGUACCACACACGCCUGUGCUGACAUGGUUGUACCAUUUAACCUAAAACAUAUGUCUGGAAAAUUGAUGGCUUUCACGAACCAUUCAGUAAAUCUAACUGGUCACAGACAUCAAACCCUCUUGCACAACAGCUAGCUGUACAAAUUUUUAUUGUACUCGCCAUACUCUGACAUUUCCUACAGUACUUUCAAGGUCCAGUUUUUGCAGCCAGAAAUUCCUGUUUGAUUUUCAGCAGGAAAGUCCUGCCAGUUUGUAGGCAAUGUUAAUUUAGUAAUGUGAUUGUUGUGGGUUUACAAUGAACUCUUACACAGUUGUCAUAUCACUUGCUUCUGCAAUUUUAUCUUUUGGCUCUCCCGGUUCUGUCUUGUUCUGCUCGUAGUCCUCCUCUCAGUUAUGCUGAUGAUCACAGCAUCACUUUCUUCUGUAAUCAGAGUAAUUGGAAAUGGAACAAUUUGAGCCACUGCAACCUGUGCCCCAGGCAGGGAGGCAGAAUGUUUUAGAUGAAGCUAUUUUACUCUAUUUAAAUAAACUUCCAAUUUUUUUUCCUGUU